UUCGCUUCCGCCGGAGCGGGUCCCGCCGCCGCCGGAGUAUGGAGGACCCGGACUGCGACUCAACCUGGGAGGAGGACGAGGAGGAGGACGGCGAGGGCCCUAGGGCCGGGGCCGACGAGGAUGGCGAGGCCGGCGCUCCGGGGGACGUGGAGGCCGAGGCGGACCCGCGGCCCAGCGCGUUCCAGCUCAAGGUGACAGGGUCCCGAAACUGGCGAGCGGUGCGGGACACACGCAGGUACCGGCACCACUACCCGGAUUUGGUGGAAGGAGAUGGCAAUGGUGACAUGCCCAACCUGAGUUUCUACAAAAACGAGAUUCGGUUCUUGCCUAACGGCUGUUUCAUUGAGGACAUUCUUCAGAACUGGAAGGAAGAGUACGACCUCCUGGAGGACAAUCACUCCUACAUCCAGUGGCUGUUUCCCCUGCGGGAGCCAGGAGUAAACUGUCACGCCAAGCCCCUCACGCUCCAAGAGGUCGAGGCGUUUAAAAGCUCCACAGAGGUCAGGAAGCGGUUGGUCCAGGCCUACGAGCUCAUGCUGGGCUUCUUCGGAAUCCAGCUCAAGGACCGAGACACGGGCCGGGUGUGCCGAGCGCAGAACUACCAGAAGCGCUUCCAGAACCUCAACUGGCACAGCCACAACAACCUCCGCAUCACCCGCAUCCUCAAGUCUCUGGGGGAGCUGGGCCUGGAGCACUACCAGGCGCCCCUGGCCCGCUUCUUCCUGGAGGAGACGCUGGUGCGCCGGCAGCUGCCGGGCGUCCGGCACAGCGCCCUGGAUUACUUUGUGUUCACCGUGCGCUGCCGGCACCAGCGCCGUGAGCUGCUGUACUUCGCCUGGGAGCACUUCCGGCCCCGCUACAGGUUCGUCUGGGGGCCCCACGACAAGCUGCAGAAGUUCAGGCCGUGCUCUCCUCCCUGCUCGCCCCGGCCAGCCCGCCCAAGGCAGGCCGACGGGGAGGAGAGCCCUGGGCACCCCCUCCUUGAGGCCGGAGCCCAGGGGCAGACCUGCGGGCCAGGGAGGCAUGAGGAGGGGGACCCGGUGGCCCAGGGUCCCCAGCCUCCCGGCACAGAGCCCCAGGACGCUGGAGCCUUGGAGAAGGACCAGGGAGAUGAGGCGGGCGAGGAGCAGGGGCCAGAGUCUCCAAACCCCAAGGAGAGCAAGAAGAGGAAGUUGGAGGCGAAUCUGCGGGAGCGGGCCCCGGGGGAGCCGGGCCCGAGCGCCUCGGAGGUGGAGAAGAUCGCCCUGAACUUGGAGGGCUGUGCCCUCAGCCAGGGCAGCCUCGGGGCGGAGACCCAGGAAGUGGGCAGCCAAGCCCCGGAGGAGGCCGAGCAGCCCUGCCCCCAGCCCCUGGAGGCCAAGGUGGCUGAUGAGAAAGUGGGACCUCGAGGCCCCCCCGGCCCCCGAGGGCCACCUGGGAAGCCAGGCAAGGACGGCAUUGAUGGAGAAGUUGGUCCUCCAGGUCUGCCCGGGCCCUUGGGACCGAAAGGGGCCCCGGGGAAGCCAGGGAAACCAGGAGAGGCCGGGCCGCCGGGACUGCCUGGUGUGGAUGGUCUGACUGGGCAGGAUGGACCCCCUGGACCCAAGGGCGCCCCCGGAGAACGGGGAAGUCUGGGACCCCCAGGGCCACCUGGGCUGGGGGGCAAAGGCCUCCCUGGAUCCCCCGGAGAGGCAGGAGUGAGCGGCGUCCCAGGUGGAAUCGGCCUCCGGGGCCCCCCGGGACCCUCUGGACUUCCAGGCCUCCCUGGUCCCCCGGGACCUCCCGGCCCCGCCGGUCGCCCAGGGGUCCUUCCCGAAGGCGCUACUGACCUUCAGUGCCCAGCCAUCUGCCCGCCAGGCCCCCCGGGGCCCCCAGGAAUGCCAGGGUUCAAGGGACCCACCGGCCACAAAGGGGAGCAAGGAGAAGUCGGCAAGGAUGGCGAGAAGGGUGACCCCGGCCCCCCUGGGCCCCCUGGCAUCCCAGGCACCGUGGGGCUGCAGGGUGCACGGGGCCUACGAGGAUUUCCAGGGCCACUCGGACCCCCCGGGGACCGGGGUCCCAUCGGGUUCCGAGGGCCCCCCGGGAUCCCAGGAGCCCCUGGGAAAGUGGGCGACAGAGGCGAGAGGGGCGCAGAGGGGUUGCGCGGCCCCAAGGGCGAUCUCGGCAGGCCUGGUCCUAAAGGCGUCCCUGGCAUGUCCGGGCUGGUUGGAGAGCCGGGCAUGCCGGGCAAGGAUGGCCGGGAUGGUGUGCUGGGACUCGAUGGCGAGAAGGGAGAAGCUGGUCGCAACGGUGCCCCAGGAGAGAAGGGUCCCAAUGGGCUGCCGGGUCUCCCUGGACGAGCAGGGUCCAAGGGUGAGAAAGGAGAACUGGGCAGAGCUGGAGAGCUGGGUGAGGCUGGCCCCUCAGGAGAGCCCGGUGUCCCCGGAGACGCUGGUGUGUCCGGGGAGCGUGGCGAGGCUGGCCACAGGGGCUCAGCGGGGGCUCUGGGCCCGCAAGGCCCCCCCGGAGCCCCUGGUGUCCGCGGUUACCAGGGCCGGAAGGGCAGCAUGGGAGACCCCGGCCUGCCUGGCCCCCAAGGCCUCCGAGGCAGCGUGGGCGACCGGGGCCCGGGAGGCGCUGCAGGCCCAAAGGGCGACCAGGGCACCGCGGGCGCCGAUGGCCUUCCUGGGGAUAAAGGAGAACUGGGUCCCAGUGGGCCUGUCGGACCCAAAGGAGAGUCCGGCAGUCGAGGGGAGCCGGGUCCCAAGGGCGUGCAGGGCCCCAACGGCACCAGCGGCGUGGACGGCGUCCCAGGCCCCCCUGGCCCCCUGGGCCUCCAGGGCGUGCGCGGUGUGCCUGGUAUCACUGGGAAACCCGGAGUCCCGGGGAAAGAGGCCAGCGAGCAGCGCGUCAGGGAGCUGUGUGGGGGGAUGGUCAGCGAGCAAAUCGCACAGCUAGCCGCGCACUUGAGGAAGCCCUUAGCACCGGGGUCCAUCGGUCGGCCGGGUCCCGCCGGCCCCCCCGGCCCCCCGGGGCCCCCAGGCUCCAUCGGUCACCCCGGGGCUCGAGGGCCCCCUGGAUACCGCGGUCCCACCGGAGAGCUGGGAGACCCCGGACCCAGAGGAAACCAGGGGGACAGAGGAGACAAAGGCUCAGCUGGCGAGGGCCUGGACGGGCCUGACGGAGACCAAGGGCUCCAAGGACCACAAGGCGUGCCCGGUGUUAGCAAAGACGGCCGCGACGGGGCCCACGGAGAGCCUGGGCUCCCUGGCGAUCCUGGCCUUCCCGGUGCUGUUGGCGCUCAGGGGACCCCCGGCAUUUGCGACACCUCCGCCUGCCAAGGAGCCGUGAUGGGAGUGGGCGGGGACAAAUCAGGUCCCAGGAGCUCCUAAAACACAACUUCAGGAAGCGGGUGAGAAAGUGACGCCGACUGAGGCAGCCAGCUGUGCCAGGACCCUGCGGGGACCAGCAGCGUCCUGGCACCAACAGUUGGGCGCCGCCGUGCCGCCCAGCGAGGCCUGCCCCUCCUUGUCCUCAGCGGCAGCGACUGGACACUUGGCCCCUGAGAGCAUCCUCCAUCGAGCUGCUGUCAGAGUGUUCUGUCUCCACGUGUAUUUACAGUGGUCCAUUCGGCUGUAACAUCAUACCUCAGACACAGGCCUAUGUAAUAAAAUCGUCAACCCAACAUUUCAGAGGGAUCUAGGGUGUACAUAUAGAAAGUUUUGUACAAUUUCACGAGAGAAAAAAAUAUUCAGCAACUUGUUUACAUGGCAUUUGUGUAAAGGCUAAGAUAUCGUUUCAAUAAAAUGAUAUAUGAAAUCUUCAGAUUAAUGACUGGCCACAGUAUUACAAAAAGAAUAAAGAAUUUAAUGUACAGUAUCCCUUCCAUACAAAGGUCUCGUCUGAUUUGCCUGCCUCCUUUGUGUACAAACGUUUAACUAUCUCCCAUUGA